AUGGCCGACGAAAUUGACUACACCGUUAUAAACCCUGAUAGGAAAUGGCAAAUGCUUCGCGCGCAGUGGCGGUUUGCUCUUUGGGCACUCUGGAUAUCUAGUGGUGUUAUGAUGCAGGGCUUCGACAUCGUCGCGGGAGGUCAAUUAGCGGCGUUGCCUGCAUUCAAGAAGCAAUUUGGCAUGCUUGAACCGUCAGGAAACUAUCUCAUCCCGGCGUAUUACAUAUCGGCUUGGAGCUCGAUUGCCCCAGCAUGUGAGAUUGUAGCUACCUUUCUUUUUGUUCCCUUACUAGAGAAGUUUGGCCGCAAGCCGGGGAUUCUGGUGGCAGCGAUGAUAUCUGUUGCCGGUGUCCUCUUGCAACAGUUGGCUACAGACUGGAGAACUCACCUUGCCGGCAGAGGGGUCAAUGGAAUUGCUAUUGGUAUCAUGUUUACUAUAUCACCUCUCUGGAUCGGGGAGACAUGCCGACCAGAGCUACGGGGUUUCUUCCUGUGCUUCUUCAAUACUAGUAUUUAUUUCCUUUACCACCGAUGUGUGGCUACUGUUACUAAAUCCGUGCAAAGUGUUGUUUUCUCAAAGGGCGGAAGUAGUAUCGACGGAAAAUGGCAGUGGUGGCUCCCGGUGGUGGCCAUGUACAUCUUCCCACUCAUUCUUACCGCAGGGUGGGUUUUCUUCCCUGAGUCUCCAUACUGGCUAGUCAGGCACGGAAGAACAACUCAAGCAAAAAAGGAGCUAAGGAAUAUCUACGGCUUCAACGAAGACUCUUUCUACAACAUUGAAAUCCAAAGAAUGGAAGAAGAAAUCCGCCUUACAACCGAGAUUCAAAGGACAUCAGACACAGCUAACCACAAACUCUUUGGCAUCGACAUGUCCGCAGAGGUCGAGUGCUUCCAAAGCAAAAACCGCAAACGAACCUUCACCGCGAUCUUUGCUGCCAGCGCUCAGCAAAUGAUUGGCGCUACCUUUGUAAUCGGCUACGCGACCUAUUUCCUUGAAUUGAUCCACGUGAAAGCUUAUUUCGAUGCAUCUGUGGUUCUUUACAUCGUCAUGUUUCUGUCCAGUAUGGCAGCCUUCCCCCUGACCGAGAUUUUAGGACGUCGAACCCUAAUAGUCUGGCCACAAUUUGCACUGUGCUUUAUGCUCUUGGUUAUAGGGAUCCUGGGAUGUGUCCCAGAUCAAACCAAAGCCAGUUGGGGAAUUAUAGUUUUCAUCUACUUGUGGGCAAUCAUUUUCCAGGUCUCCAUUGGGGCGACAGGUUUUGUUUUAGCAUCGGAAAUUGCUACCAUGCGUCUUCGUGGUGCAACCCAGGGACUUGUCACCAUUUCCAACGCGGUCUGGGGACUAAUCAUGCAAUUUACCAUCCCCUACAUGAUCAACCCCGAUGCAGGAAACUUGGGUGGUAAAGUCGGUUUUAUCUUUCUGGCGACGGGGCUUAUUGCUGCGAUUGGAGGGUGGUUCUUAUACCCAGAAACAAAGGGAAUCUCGUUCCAGAAGCUUGAUGAAUUAUAUGCACUACAAAUCGCACCCAGACAUUUUCAACAGAUGGGAAAUGAUCUAGGCCUGGUUGAGGAAUCAGGCCUAGCCGAGGAGAACCAGAAAGGAGAGAGCUUACAUGUUGAACAGAGCUCGUAA